GAAGGCUGCAGUUUCAGUUUGUUUUAUUCACCAUUUUGAGUAGCUGAAGGUAAUAUUUAAACUAAAUACCUUCGUAGAGCAGGAAUACCUCCAGCAUUGUUUAGUUUUCGUCACAGGGAGAGGACGUUGGUUUUUUCGACGUGCCCCCUUGUGUUUUAAAAACACCACGUUUUGUUUGCAUUUACCCUGCUUUUCUUUGGCUCCUUUUCACAAUUUUAACCGCUACAGUAUUCCUGCAAAAUGGCAAGACCAGUGAGGAACAGAAAGGUGGUGAAUUACUCCCAGUUUAACGAAUCUGAUGAUGCAGAUGAGGAUUAUGGAAGAAAGGAGAAGGAAACCACCAAGAAGAUACGUGCUCCACCCCGUGAAAACAAGCACAAGAAGUCUAAGAAUUCGCAGGAAGAAAGCGAGGAUUCAGAUGAAAAACUGACCAAAUCCAAAAAUGAUUCGGCAGAUGACUUCGGUAGCGAUGAAGACAACGACUUUGGAGAAGAGCAGGAGGAAGAUGGAGGAAGCGACUAUGGUGAUAAAAAGGCUAAAAAGGGAAAGAAGCCAAAGGUGGAGAAGCCUGGCAAAAAGUCACUGAAGAGGAAACGAGGUGGAGAUGAUAGUGAUGAUGAUAAAGAGGUGAGCAGGAAACCGAGGCAGGUGAGACAGGCUGCGUCAAAGGCUGUGUCCAAACAGAGAGAAAUCCUGCUGGGAGACGGAGGCAGUGAGGAUGAGGAGAAGGAUGAGGAAGAACAGGCCUUCCUGGACCAAGAGUCAGGCAGUGAUGAAGACUUCAUGGUUGAUGAUGAUGAUGACAGCGAUUAUGGCCACUCCAAAAAGAAGGGCAAAAAAGUGGUGCCAAGAGGUGGAGGACGGAGAGUGGAGAAGAAGGAGAAGAAAUCCCCCAAACCCCGGCUAAAGGCUACAGUGAACCCCAGCCCUAUGAAAGGCAAAGGUAAAGGGCGCCCGAGCGCAGCUAAAGCGCUGGAGAAAUCCUCGCCUAAAGAUGAAGAGGAAGCCGAGAGUCCCGCUGAAGAUGAAGAGGAAGACGAGGUGGAGAAGAAAGAGUCUCCUCCAUCCAAAAAGACGAAGGAUGAAGCCCCCGAAGACGAGGAAGAAGAUGAAGAAGAGGACGGCUCAGAAGAGGAGGCUCCAUCCGGGGAAGACUAGCCAUGCUAAUAACAGCGGCCCUUUCUUCUCUUUCCCUUUACACUCUCUUCUCCCCUUCUCUGCUUUUAUUUCAGUUUAUUUUUUUGAGUUUGUUUGCUUUUUCAGAUAUUUUUUUUUCAGUGUCUGUUGUGGCCUGGCUCAACGGUUUGAACUUCUUUUCUUUUUUUCUUUUGGCCUGUAUUUUCCAUAUCGCAAAGGACUUUUCCCAGAACUUGUGAGCGUAUAUAUCUAUAUAUAUUAUUGAGUAAAAUGUGUCUGAGUCUGUUUAUUUAUGGGUAUAUAAUCUUGAGGGAAGCCCAUCGUUCCAACCAAUAGCGUCGCUGCUCGCCCAGGGGUAAUCACAUGACUGUGCUCUCCAAAAAAAUAUUAAUAAUGCUUUUUGCGCUCGUUCAUUUCUGUAACAUGUAUUAUAAAGCUUAACGUCCACUUGCCAUUGUUGCGACUGAUGGUCCUCUUUCUUGAAGCACGUUUCUGAAAAUAUUCGUAAAACUAUUCUUACGUGAAUUAUUGCAAUAGCCAUGAGGUUGCGUUUUAAAACUUAAUUGCGUGUUUGGCUGCAAAUCGAUAAACCUUCACAGUUCAUUUACUCCAAUUUACACACAAUUGGAAAUUUAGUUCAUAAAUCCGAAUUUCUAACAAUUUUACGGAAAAAAUAAAAACCCAUUUUUACGUAUGAGUAGUUUUGCGACAAUGUUUCUGAAUGAGGUCCAAUGCUUUUGUGUAUUAGUGAUUUCUCUCUAGGAAGCCAUUCGUUAGGAAGUUUCGCAAUUCGUAAUAGUUCACAGCAUUUUUCUAUAACUAGUGGUUCGUUUUUGUAAUUAUUCCACAUGCGCUCACUGCUCUUUGCGGUUAAAGAUGGAGAAACUGGUAUCUAAUGCUCAUGUUUUCACAAUUACUUUUGUCGUCGUCGUCAACGUCGUACACAUGUUAUCCAGGGUUUGCGACUCAAUUUUAGUUUUACCCUUUUUAAAUAAACCUUCUCUAUCCGUGUAGUUGUGAACCAUAAUGCAUUUAGUAUUUUAAUAGAGUAAUAUGUCACGUUGUCAUUAGGAAAAUAUUUUUGAUUGUGUUCGUUGCACACUAUAAAUGGGAGUAAACAUGAUAAAUGUGCGAUGUUUGCUCCAUUUUUAAGUGCAAGUUUUUUUUUUGCAAAACUAUUUUCGCUGGUCACCAACAUGCAUCAAGCUAAACUCCUUUUAAGCCGUAAAUAUUCCUUCAAGAAUCAUGUUCUGAUGUCUGUAAUGUACGUUUGUUUAUUUUAUAGAUAUAUUUUCUUGAUCAUCUCUUCUAGAAGCUGCAGUAUGAAUGCUUUCAUCUCUUUUCUCAAACGAGGGGCGCAGUGCGAGUUGGGCCUUAAAACGGUUAAUUGUAAUCUAAGGUCUCGCACACUUUCUGCCUUACAAAGCCUGUGUUUCUUUUGUUUAAAUAGUCACUGCGAAGCUAAACAUUCAAACAGCGAGGGUGUUUUUUUGACUCGUGCCCUUUUCGUCCUGAGAUUGUAUUGCCAAACGUUGAGGGAUCUCUUCAACUGCGCAACUAACGUUUUAAAGAGUCGAGUGUUGUCCUUUAGCCCUGGAUCAGAUGUGCUGUCGUGACGCAUGUGCACUGUGAGGAUAGAGAAGAAUUGUAUUAUUCAUACUUUGUGUGUUUGCUCGUAUAUAUAUUUCAGUUGCUGCUUUUUUUUUUUUUAUUCCAGACACGUUUGAUUUGUAUCCCAUGGUGCAUUUUAGGGGGGGCUUUUCCGUCUACAGCGCAUACAUGGCAUUCUAACACGGUUCGAUCCUUUCUGCCAGGCGUCUCUGAAUAUUUUCCACUUGUGCUGUCUAUGAAUUGGUUUUUAACCUAGCUGUCCAAAAACAUGAAUGUUUUGUUUUUCGUGCUUGAUUUUAAUUUGAAACUAUUUUUUAUUUUAUUUUUUUGAUUGGUUGGUUGGUUUGUUUCAUUAUUCCUCCUCAGAUUUUUUUGUAUUGUUUGUUUUUUUUUAAGAAAAAAAUAAAAUGUAUCUUCAUUUUAAUGAGAA